AUGAUUAAACCGAUGGACUAUAAUACGGAUGAAAAGGGGUUCGCAUUGAAAUCCCGGGCCUAUAACGUGGACACGAAGUCAAGGGGAAAAAGCCAUCAAAAACUAUCGGACAAUACGGACAACGACUCCACGAAAUUCUCGUACAAAGAUCGCGAGUCCGGGUUAUGUCACCUGCUAUUCAUGCAACUAAUAUUCGGGGUCACCUACUGCGGCAACUGUCCCUACUUUGACAACUACAGGGCCAAGAAGACCAUGUUCAUUAUAUACGAUUGCGUGACUAUCGUGUCGUUCGCCCUGUUUGAGUGGUACGCCUUUUCCGACGACAUGUUCACCCGGAUAUUUAUGGUCACUAAGAAUAAGGGUGUGCUCAAGAUCCUGUUCCACUUUGCGGGCAUAUCCUUGAUGAUUGAAUUCUUCUCGAUUAAGGGUAUGCUAUUGAAAAAUGGCUGGAAACUCAUCAAGGCUAUUAGGCACACAGGGUCGGCGAAUAUAGCCAGGUGUCAUACGUAUAAGAUUAUGUUAUUUUUGAUGAUCGAGGCACUGUUCUCGGCGAUAUUUUUGCCUGUUCAUUUUACCGACUUUGACAACUCGAGUAUCACCAAGGAAAAGUAUAAGUUUGUCGGCUUUGUCAUUGUGGGACUAUUUUACUCGAUGAACAAGUUUUCGGUCACUUCGCUAAUGCUAUUCAUGGCGAACACCAUCCAGAAGCAAAUUAAGGAUUGGACUCUAAACCUCCGUACUCGCACCAUUAAGAUUCAGGUGCUGUGCGAGGGUAUAUGGGCUUUGCGUAACCAACUGGAGACCAUUAAUGACAUGAUCGGGGUGAUUAUGCUGAUCAAGGUGUUCGCAAACGCAAUUUUUAUGUCCACAUGUGUUUGCGUGGUAUCACUGGUAGGCAUUCCCGUGAACGCUAUAAUAGGGAUCAUAGGGUUUGGUUUAAUAUCGGUGUCGGAUAUCGUGUCCGUGUGUUAUGUCUCCCAACUCAUGAUCAACUCAAUGGCAGACUUGUGUAAAGAGGUUGAAAAGAUCCUGAUAUUGGACAGUGGCUAUGGUGAUGGUGGCCGGGUAGAUUACUACAAGCAGUUGAAUAUCAUAAUGUCUAUGAGGGAAAGUAUCAAGCUAAAAGUGUUGUCUCUGUUUGAUCUCAAGACUGUGACUAUACUGGCGAUUAUGGGUUAUAUGGCAACCCCUGUCGAGUACAUCGUAGACGAAAACGGCUUCAGUAUCUCAAACAUCGAUCUCGAGGCCAAUGGCAACCCCACCACCAAAGCCCUCACCCAACGGUCGGGUACACCGGAAAAGUACAAGUGCACCGAGGCCGAAAAACGAUCCGGGCUAUGUAGGUUGCUAAAAAUACAAAUGGCGUUCGGGGUGUCCUACUGCGGCAACUGUCCCAUAUUCAACAAUUACGUA